UGAUUGAUUCAAUAAUCUAAUUUGUGAAGAGAGCCAUAAAUCGUUGUGUGUGUGUGUGUGUGUUUGUGUGUAAACAAGAAUAUGCCACCUUUUAAAAAACCAACUUUGGUGACAUUACGCCGCCAGAAUCCAAGCCAAGCAUGGGGUUUUCGUUUAGGUGGUGGUGCUGAAAUAGGUCAACCAUUUCAGAUACAAAAAGUUACAUCAGAUAGUUUAGCAUAUUUGGGUGGCCUUUCUGAAGGUGAUGAAUUAGUUCGUAUCGGAAACAUCUCUUUACGUGGCCUAACACAUGACGAAGUUCAACAAAUUAUUCUCCGAUGUACACAUUGUAUUGAUCUAUUUAUUCUUCGUGAUGAUGGCCGAGAUGUUGAACCACGAAUCGAACGAAACACGGAAAUAAUUUCUGAAAGAUCAGAUGUCCCGUAUAUGGAACGUCCGGCUCAUUUCCCACCAGUUCCAUUUAAACCACCUAUUUAUUCACAUCAACACCAACAACAACAACAUCAGCAACAACAACAACAACAAUUACAACAGCAGCAGCAGCCAAAUCAAAUAAUGUCACGAGAUAAUCAAAAUGUCAUUAGAUCAACACAGGUACAAAUGCAAAUGAUGGUACCACCAACAAUGCAAAAUGGAAACCAAGCCAUUCAUUCACCACAAUCAUUUAAUAGUCGUUCACCUGAUUCUUCAAUUGGACAAUUCAAACCAAUACAAAGUCCUGAACCAAACAACAACAAUACAAUAUUUAGAUCUGAUGAACAACAACAACAACAACAACUUUUACGUCCAGAAGCCACACAACCAGGACAACCACGAAAAGAUGUGCGUGUUUUUGGCCUGAAUCCACGUUCACCAUCGAAAUCUCCGAAUCGAUUGCAAUUGAAUCAUUCGAUUUCAUUGACAACACCAUCAUCACCGGCUUUUCCUCAACAAACACAACAACAACAACAACAACCAAUGCAACAACAAUCACGGCAAGUCACACAAUCAACACCAUCAACACCUACAAUUGGCAGUAAUUUUGAUUUUAAUGAUUCCAAUAACAAUCCUAUUCGUGUUGAUCCAAAUAAAAAAAUAUUCGGAUUGCCCAACACAAAUCGUAUAAUGGUCAAAUCAAUUGUACCAAUUGGUAAUCAUGGUAUACAACCGGUGAAUAAUGAGAAAAAAUAUUUCGGUGUCAAUCAUCGUCAAAGAUUUAAUUCAAUUAGUUCUGAUCGUGAUUGGAAAGAUCCAUUACCUAUUGUUAAUAUUCCUAAUGUUGAUCAAUUAUUACCAUCACAAACACGACAGAUGCAAACAUAUAUUAAUCAAACACCGCCAACAAUUAAAAAUUUACGGCCAUCAUUAUCUGGUAUUGAACGUAGAAAAAUUCGUCCUGUAUGGCCACCACCAGUACCAAAUGUACAUAAAGGUGCAUAUGUUGAAGGUCGUGAUUCACCACAUAAUCAAGAAUAUGCAUGGCCACCAAGUCGUGCACAAUCAGUUGAUCGUGAUUUUGGUUAUGGUGAUCGACCUAAUUCACCAUUCGUUAAUUAUGGUCGUGUACGAUCAUCAACACGUAUUUGGCCACCACCAAGUAAUUCAACACCAGCCGGUAGAUCUGGUUUUAUACCGGAUGAAAAUGAUGAUAUAAAUUAUGCAUAUAAUCCAAGCCGUGAAUCAAGUCCAGCACCCGGUUGGAUUAGUUCACAUGUGCCUAUUACUUAUCGUACACCACCUGGAACACAAUAUAUUGCCCAAACAGAAUUGAUAAAGGAUUUUUAAUCAUAAAAAUUCUAAACUAAAAACAAAAUUUUAGAUCCAAUAUCUACUUAUCUUUUCCACACACACACACACACAAUUAAUCACAACCACCACCACCUUUUUUUUGUUUUGCCCAUUUCAACUUUAUCCUACAAUAUUCAUCAUCAACACACAAAAUAAGAAAUUAACAAUCGAUUCUGAUUAUGA